CCGCCCCGACGCGCGACCCCAGGCUCGGCGGGCAGGUCUGGCGGCUCCGUGACCGGAGGCAGCUCUGCGAGCUUCGUCCAGGCUGCUGACCUCAGCGGUGACUCCUUCUUCACUGGCUUCAUGUCACAGUGUGCCUGCCCCCUCCACUGGGGACAUUCCAGCUGUUUCCGGCUUCUUAGGAGUCAAGCUGCUGUGAACUUUCGCACACUUGACAUUUUCUGGACAUUGGCAGUCCUUUAUCUAAGGCUGAGCUGGUUGCCCACAGGUGCCCGCGCCCCAUCUCAGGGAGUGACCACCCAGCCCUGAGCCGAUCCUGAGCGGUCAGAGAUGGCGCUGACCCCCGAGUCCCCGAGCAGCUUCCCUGGACUGGCCGCCACGGGCAGCUCUGUGCGGGAGCCACCUGGCAGCCCCAACACAACCCUCAACAGCUCCUGGGCCAGCCCGACGGAGCCCAGCUCCCUGGAGGACCUGGUGGCCACAGGUGCCAUUGGGACUCUGCUGUCAGCCAUGGGCGUGGUGGGCGUGGUGGGCAACGCCUACACGCUGGUGGUCACCUGCCGCUCCCUGCGCGCCGUGGCCUCCAUGUACAUCUACGUGGUCAACCUGGCGCUGGCUGACCUGCUGUACCUGCUCAGCAUCCCCUUCAUCGUGGCCACCUACAUCACCAAGGAGUGGCACUUCGGGGAUGUGGGCUGCCGCGUGCUCUUCAGCCUGGACUUCCUGACCAUGCACGCCAGCAUCUUCACGCUGACCGUCAUGAGCAGCGAGCGCUACGCCGCGGUGCUGCGGCCGCUGGACACCGUGCAGCGCCCCAAGGGCUACCGCAAGCUGCUGGCGCUGGGCACCUGGCUGCUGGCGCUGCUGCUGACGCUGCCCGUGAUGCUGGCCAUGCGGUUGGUGCGCCGGGGCCCCAAGAGCCUGUGCCUGCCCGCCUGGGGCCCGCGCGCCCACCGCGCCUACCUGACGCUGCUCUUCGCCACCAGCAUCGCGGGGCCCGGGCUGCUCAUCGGGCUACUCUACGCGCGUCUGGCCCGCGCCUACCGCCGCUCGCAGCGCGCCUCCUUCAAGCGGGCCCGGCGGCCGGGGACGCGCGCGCUGCGCCUGGUGCUGGGCAUCGUGCUGCUCUUCUGGGCCUGCUUCCUGCCCUUCUGGCUGUGGCAGCUGCUCGCCCAGUACCGCGAGGCCCCGCUGGCGCCGCGGACGGCGCGCAUCGUCAACUACCUGACCACCUGCCUCACCUACGGCAACAGCUGCGCCAACCCCUUCCUCUACACGCUGCUCACCAGGAACUACCGCGACCACCUACGCGGCCGCGUGCGGAGCCCGGGCAGCGGCGCAGUCCGGGGGCCCGUUCCCUCCCUGCAGCCCCGCGUCCGCUUCCAGCGCGGCUCCGGCCGCUCCCUGUCUUCCUGCAGCCCGCAGCCCACUGAGAGCCUCGUGCUGGCCCCGGCGGCCCCGGCCGGACCUGCGCUCGAGAGUCCCAGGGACCCGGCGUGAGCACGCGGAGGGGCGGCUGGAGUCCAGGUGGGGACGGGCCCCAAAGCCUCAGCCACUACCGGGAGCCCCUCCGCAGAGUCCCCCACUCCGAAAUCACAGGCCCUGCCCCUCCUCCUCAGCCCCCUUCCA